GUUGUUCCCAAGCCAGAGACAUAAACCCCAUCUUCUCGCCAUAUCUGUUCCAGCUCUCAAAGCCAUCUUCUAUACUGGCACAACCAUCGUCUGCGACAAUGGUCCGAGAAACAGGCCCCUACAGUUACAAUGACACUAACCGCGCAUUCCUCCAAGCCUUCAUGGGCCGCUCGACCAUGACGUUCGAGGAAGCCAGACCCGUCUUAGCAGCGAUCUUCUCUGCGCAUGAAAAACAAGCUGUCUCCGCCGAAGAAGUCACCGAAGACGAACUCCAAUCCUAUAUCGCGACCGCCAACAAUGCCAUCUCGCCCUUUGACCUCGAGAUCCGGAGCACCCUCCCCCAGAUCGAAGUUGACCCGAGCCAGACGACCGUUCCCCCGCCGGAGCGGGUGUACGCGCUCGUCAAUACAACCAGCGAUGCGAUGACGCAGCUGGCGACGACGUACUCGGCGGACGAGAUUGCCUUUGUGAAGCGGCUGCUGGACGCGAUGUUUGAGACACAUAAUACGCGGCGCUGUGAGGCGAUGGUCGUCAGUGGCAUCCAGGCGUUGCAGUUGGCUAAGGUUUCCGGGGACGCGAGCCAGCGGCGAGAGUCCGGGUUGCUGCCGUCGCAGUCGCAGACAACGUUGACGCAGGGGGCACAGACGCAGCCAGACUCGCAGGUGGUGGGUGGGGCGGUCCAGUCGUUGACCAUGUCGCAGGCGGAGAUGCUGUUGAAACAGUUGGUUGAGGAGGGGUGGUUUGGGAAGAGUCGGAACGGCUUCUAUAGUCUUAGUCCUCGGGGCUUGAUGGAGUUAAGGGGGUGGUUGGUCGCCACGUAUAACGAUGAGGCGGAGGGGAUCCGGAAGAUCAAGCUCUGUGCUGCGUGUAAAGAUUUGAUUACUGCGGGUCAACGUUGUGUUAAUCGGGACUGUCUUGGGAGACUGCACGAUCAUUGUCUGCGCCACUUCUUCCGCUCUCAGCAAGCUGAUAUCUGCCCGGUAUGUAAGGAGAUUUGGCCGGGAAACAAGUUCGUUGGAGAGAGGGCAGUCACACAGGCCGAUCAGGAGAUGCACGCUCGGAGAAGACGAAGCUCGAAUACGCAGCGGCCGAGCGAUGUAGCCGGGCCCAGCACUCAGGUGGCGCUCGAACCAAUGGAGGAAGAUGAUGGCAGUGAUUGAAGGGCACGGAUACCUUGGAUGGAUGAUUGCUAUAGUCAUACCACCUCAAGCAUGAGGCAUAUACCACUAACAAGCCACUGCUCUCUCCUAGCAUUUGGGCUAUGCGCCCUGAAGCUUGUCUGGAAGACUUUCACUAUACCCCGAGCCGAGUCCUGCAGAUGGUAACGUACGCUGAAACACUGCCUGAUCAAACUGUUGAGUGAUGGCGCUGUUUCUGCCGAGUCUGGCUUGAUUUGUUGCAACAAGGUCACCGUCCCUGCAGCAAACGAUCCGCGACGCAGCCCGCCCUGCCGAUCCCGAACUGGCGCUGAUAUUAGG